UAUCAAAAUAUGUUUUAUGUUUUUUUACGUAUUAUUUUUGAUUAGUGACCGCAAGUUCACAUUAAACUUGAUUAUGAGGAAUCCUAGCGUAGUCGAUACCAAACUGUACAGUAAAACGCCCGUAUAUAACAUAAAUUUUAAUUUAAAAUAAAUAGUACGACGCGUAAUGUGAAUUAGUAGGACGUUUGUUAUUAAUAAAAUAACGUUAUAAUAUUUAUUAACGUUAUAAAUAUUAAUUUAUUAAAGUGAUUUUGUAUAGUUUACAAAUAAUACUAAGAUAUUGAAGUGUUUCGAAUUAAAAGAUAAAUAAAGAUGAUUUACUGGUUUAGGAGUAUAAUAAUUUUUAGUUUAAGUUUAUUAGUGACUUCAAGAAAUACCCCUGUAAAUAAGGAUGUAAUAGGUUUUCCAGAAUACGAGGAAAAUCCUUUACUAGCUAAUAAGCAGAAUCGUGUGCCAGUGUACCUGCCAUCCACGUGCCCGGAGAACGAGCUGUUCUAUCCCGGAGACCAGACCGACGACUGGAUCUGCGAUUGUCGCCCAGGGUUUCUCUUUCAUCCGGACUCAGACAAGUGUUGGCUAGCAUACCAAAAAGGACCUUGUCCAGCUGAACAGUAUUUGGCGUUACCCUCAGACUCCAUGAUACCUGUGUGUGUCCCAAAUCCGUGUAAAACUGACUCGAUGGUCGAGUGGAAUGGACAAUGCCAUCUGCUCGGUUCAAGCGUUUGCGGCGAAAAGUUUCCAGCUGAAGUUCUCUGGAUCAACGCCACAACGGUUAGCGUGGAUUGUGUCAAAGUCUAUUUAAAUAAUAGAUUUUCGCUCGACGCGGACUUCGAAUCGACUACAACUUGUCCCCUGGGAUGCAGGAGGAGUGUUCAAAACAAAUCCCCUUCUAACUCUACUAAUCCUCGUAAGGUUGACACACUGAACAGUACGGAUUCUGUGGUGAGCAGAUUGUUAUCAUCGCCUGUGAAAGUAUUUCUCUCAAAAGUAUUUCAUUACUUAUUAUAAAAUUUCAUUGUUAAAUAAAAUUAUUAUUUAAGAUACUUAUAUUGAUUAAGUAUUUAUUUAAUUAAAAUAAUAACAGCACAAUGUAUAAAAUACCUAACUGUUCACCUGCAGGUAAGUAUAAAUAAGUAAUUCAUCUUUAUUUUUUUUGGAAUCUAAAAAGCCACAACGCAAAAGCUGUGCUAAAAGACGAUAAAAAACUUUAGUUACGCGAGUAUGGGUAGGUAUUGUCAUACGUUUGUCUUUAUUGAUUAUGUAAUUAUUUGUUUUGAGUAAAAACCUAAUAUUUU